AUGUCGGGAAAGCAGCCUGAGACAGUUCCUCCUCCUCCUCCCUUCAAACCGGCGCGCCCCCCAAAUUCCGCGCAGAUCAUUGGGAGCUUGUUCCCCACAGACGCAGCCGUGCUAGGUGGUGUAGUUGGUGUCGGACACUUCAACUCUGGUUCCUUGGCUCCAGCCUCUCAGACGGCUGGACCGGGCGGAUAUCCCCCACCGCCGCCCCCUCAUUCGCCCCCUCCCCCCAAGCCAAAAACCGGGUGUCUUCAUAGCCAGAAUUCGUUCCAUGAUGAGGAACUAUGGCUUUCAAACUUGAAGGGAGGCCACAGCACUACUAUCAUGCUUAUUCUUGUUACACACUUGUGGCCGACACCCCCCAGGCCCCACCCAGAUCCUAUUCCUCCUCCACCUCGCCCUCCCCGUGUUGAGCUUAUCAAGGAGUUCGGCAUGCUCGACGUUAUGGAUAUUCUAUCCUUCAAGGCGGUUAAACUAGCGGGCGGCAUUCAAUCCCGUGGGGCUCACUACGGCAUGCUUUGA